CUCGUUUUAAUACUACAAGUGUGCACAGAUUCGUAGUAUGAACAAUAAAUUGUGUUUAAUUAAUUGUGUUGCUAAGACGUUAUAAUCGACUGCAUAAUGAUUGUACUACACGGUACCUCAACUGGCGUUAAAUUCUUCAUAUUUGGCAUAAUUGUCUCCUUAUUUGGAGCAUCAAAGCAGGAUUGCAUCUGGUAUGGAGUUUGUAAUCAAGAUGCUUUUUUACGCAACCAAUAUUGUUCCUACAAUGGCACAGCAAAGCCAAUGCCCGAAGAGGGUCUCAAAUUGUUAGCGGAAAGAUGCAGUUCCUUGCUUGAAGGCGAACAGAAGAACUUUUGCUGUGACGUUGACCAGAUAAAACUAUUAAAUAACAACAUAAAACUUGCUGCUAAUAUUCUCGAGCGUUGUCCAUCGUGUUUCAUAAACUUGUCCCGACAUAUUUGCCAGUUGACUUGCUCUCCGAAUCAAACUAAGUUCAUGAAAGUUGUUGCUACCGAAAAUAAUAAAAAUGGUACCUAUAUAACUUCUAUUGACAUACACAUAACAGAGGAGUAUAUCAACCAGACUUAUAAGUCAUGUUCUCAGGUGUCUGUGCCGCAAACCGGUAAAUUGGCAUUAGAUCUGAUGUGCGGGGCCUAUCCAGCAUCACGAUGCAGUGCGACAAAAUGGUUUACAUUCAUGGGCGAUUCAUCUAGUCCAUUUGUUCCCUUUCAAAUCACAUAUAUGCAACAUGCCACAAACGCAACAGAGAACGGAUUUACUCCACUUAAUCCACCAAUUACCCCUUGCCAACAGGCAGUAAAUAGUAAACUUCCAGCGUGCUCGUGUACAGAUUGUGAUUUGUCAUGCCCUCUAGCUCCAGAUGAACCAAUAAUACCCGAUCCUCUUAAAAUUGCUGGAUUCGAUGCAUUCACAGUUAUUAUGACAGUCGUAUUUUCGGUUGGCGUAAUUGUCUUUCUUAUGGGAUCGUUCCUAUUUACAAAAGACUCAAUAAAUGAUGCAGACUUUCACAUUGAAAAUGAUGGAGUGACAGAUGAUUCGAUGUAUAGACAGGAGCCAAGAUAUUUUGAAAAGCUUGGUGCGCGUACAGAGUUUUUUUUGGAAAACCUAUUCACCAGAUGGGGCACAUUUUUUGCAAGUCAUCCAUGGAUGACUUUACUUGCAGGCGCAACCAUUGUUGUUGUUUUGGGAUAUGGCGUAACCUAUGUACAGAUUACUACAGAUCCAGUUGAACUUUGGGCAUCGCCUACCUCAAAAUCUAGAACGGAAAGAGAAUUCUUUGAUUCCAAAUUUGAACCCUUCUUUAGAAUCGAACAGGUUAUAAUCAAAGCGGUAAACUUGCCAAACAUUGUACAUAAAACUUCGAACGGGCCAAUUACAUUCGGGCCCGUAUUUGACAAGAAUUUCCUAGCCGAAACUUUGAAUCUGCAGGAGCAAAUCCAAAAUAUCAACGCAAACGGAACGUUUUUAAAAAACAUAUGCUAUGCACCCCUGAAGGAUGACAACACAGAUGUUGCAACUUCUGAUUGUGUUGUCCAAACAAUUUGGGGCUAUUUUCAAGACGACAUAGAACGACUUGAUGACAAUAGUGAAGACAAUGGAUUUAAUGUUACCUACUUAGAUGAUUUGUACGACUGCAUCAGUAAUCCAUAUUUGUGUUUAGCUAACUACGGCGGACCUGUAGAUCCAGCUGUUGCCUUAGGCGGAUUUCUAAAGCCGGGUGAACAACUUUCGGCCAGUACACAAUAUCAGCAAGCAGAUGCUUUGAUUCUCACAUUUUUGGUUAAAAAUCAUCAUGAUAAAAAGGAUCUAAAGCGUGCACUAGAAUGGGAGAAGAGCUUUGUUGAGUUUAUGGUUAGCUAUAUAAAGAAUAAUAAGAGUGAUUCAAUGGAUAUAGCGUUCACAUCGGAGAGGUCAAUUGAAGAUGAAUUGAAUAGGGAAUCACAGUCGGAUGUCUUAACGAUUCUAGUUUCAUACAUUAUUAUGUUUAUAUACAUAGCGAUAUCCUUAGGACAUGUACAAGAGCUUAAACGAUCACUAAUUGAUAGUAAAAUCACAUUGGGCAUUGGCGGUGUUAUUAUAGUCUUGGCCUCUGUGGUCUCUUCGGUGGGUCUGUUCGGAUAUAUUGGCCUACCUGCCACAUUAAUCAUUGUCGAGGUAAUACCGUUUUUGGUACUGGCAGUGGGUGUCGAUAAUAUCUUCAUUCUAGUGCAGACUUAUCAAAGGGAUCAGCGUAGAACCGAUGAGACAACCGAACAGCAGGUGGGUCGCGUUCUCGGACAUGUUGGCCCAAGUAUGCUAUUGACAUCGGUGAGUGAAAGUUGUUGUUUCUUCCUCGGUGGCUUAUCCGAUAUGCCGGCGGUGAAAGCAUUUGCUUUGUAUGCAGGCGUCGCUUUACUAAUCGAUUUUAUAUUACAAAUCACAUGCUUUGUCGGAUUGUUCACUUUGGACACAAAACGUAGGGACGAGAAUCGUUUAGAUAUCUGUUGCUUUAUCAAAUGUAAAAAGUCCGAUGUUGUGCACAAUAGUGAGGGACUGCUGUAUAAGUUUUUUAAGAGCGUCUAUGUGCCAUUUUUGAUGAAGAAGGUUGUCAGAGCAAUUGUUAUGAUCAUAUUCUUUGGUUUACUUUGUGCUAGCAUUGCUUCUGUGCCCAAAAUUGAUAUUGGACUUGACCAAGAGUUGGCAAUGCCUGAGGAUAGUUUUGUUUUGCAUUAUUUCAAAUCGCUGAACAAACAUCUCAAUAUUGGGCCCCCAAUGUAUUUUGUUCUCAAGGGCGAUAUCAAUUAUGCAAAUAGUACUAAUCAGAAUUUGGUUUGCUCGGGCCAAUAUUGCAAUGAUGACAGCGUGUUAACACAAAUUUACAUGGCGAGCCGACGAUCAAACAUUUCAUAUAUUGCACGCCCAGCUUCAAGUUGGGUCGACGAUUACUUUGAUUGGGCCGCUUCGUCUGAUUGUUGCAAAUACAAUCCGAAGAAUGGCAGCUUCUGUCCACAUCAAGAUUAUUCAUGUUCGAACUGCAAAAUCCCGAAAAACGAUUUGAAACGGCCAGAUGAACAUGAGUUUGGAAAAUAUCUACCGGGUUUCCUGCAUGAUAAUCCAGAUGAGUUAUGUGCCAAAGCAGGUCAUGCUGCCUAUAGCGGAGCAGUGCGGUAUUCCUAUGACAAAAAUGAAACACUCAGUGUGGACGCUUCAUAUUUUAUGGCUUAUCAUUCAAUACUAAAGACAUCGAAGGACUAUUACUUAGCUUUAGAAUCAGCCCGAAAGAUAUCAGCUAACAUAACGCAAAUGUUGCAAACCAAUCUAAUCAUAAACGGACUACCAAUGGACUCAGCUUUACAGGUCGAAGUUUUUCCGUAUUCAGUAUUUUAUGUUUUCUAUGAACAAUAUUUAACGAUGUGGUCAGAUACGUUACAAAGCAUGGGAAUCUCUAUACUUUCCAUUUUUAUAGUUACAUUCAUUUUGAUGGGCUUUGAUAUACAUUCCGCGCUUGUUGUAGUCAUCACUAUAACAAUGAUUGUUGUUAACCUUGGGGGCCUUAUGUAUUAUUGGAAUAUAUCACUCAAUGCUGUGUCAUUGGUCAAUCUUGUUAUGGCUGUUGGAAUCUCGGUAGAGUUUUGUUCGCAUCUAGUGCAUAGUUUUUCCGUCUCAAAAGAGUUGAAUCAAAUAGAUAGAGCUACAGAUAGUUUAACAAAAAUGGGUAGCUCAAUAUUUUCAGGUAUAACUCUUACAAAGUUUGCCGGAAUAUUAGUUUUAGCUUUUGCUAAAAGUCAAAUUUUCCAAGUAUUUUAUUUCCGUAUGUACCUCGGAAUUGUAGUUAUCGGAGCAACACAUGGCUUAAUCUUUUUGCCAGUUCUGCUUAGCUAUAUUGGUGCACCGCCAAAUAGUGCAAGGCUAGAAUCGCAAAGCCAUGAAAACGCUGAACAGGAAACUUCGUUAUCGGGGGCUAGAUAAUUUUUCAUUUAUAUAUUAAGCAUAUUGUACAAUGUCAGAAACGAAAUCAAAGAAAUCUCGAAUGACACAAAAUUGUCAACUGUUAAAACAUUCUAUUUAUGUCCUAAAAUUGUAUUAUUAUAUUAUUUUUGUUGUUCAAUCUUGGCGAAGUAUUCUAUACUAUUUUCUUUUUUUUAGAUGUUUAUGUACAACACUAUUGAAUUGUUUAGUUAAUUUCUUUAGAAAACAUUAUGUGUAUGUAAACUGGCUAAGGUGUGAUAAA